AUGAACUCACAUCUGGCAACGGUGCACAACCAAGAAGAAAAUGUCUACAUACAGCACCGUCAUAAUGGAGAGCGAUCAUGGAUUGGACUUAAUGACCGAAGCUUUGAGGGAUCAUUUGUCUGGACAAACAAGGAAAUAACCAGUUUUCGGUUCUGGGCUCCGCAACAACCAAACAACUGGAAAAACGAAGACUGUGUUCAUACUCUGGGUGCCAAUAAUGGCUACACAUGGAACGAUGUGUCCUGCGAUAGCUGCUAUAACUAUACUUGUGUUCAAGGUAAAAGCAGUCACCAGGUCCGUUUUACAACUUACCGUAAAUGAUAUAAUAAACGCCCGGGGCGUUUGUUACGCCGCAAAAUGUAACAAUUGACGCAAAAUGUAACAUUAACGCGAAAUGUAACAACUUUUGAUGCGAAAUGUAACAUUAACCCGAAGUGUAACAACUUUUGACGCAAAAUGUAACAACUUUUUAACGGGAAAUGUAACAACUUUUUGACGCAAAAUGAAACAAUAGUUGUAACGCGAAAUGUAACAAGCAAAAUGUUACAGCCUUGAAAUAACUGAGAGACUUGGACAUGAGCCUCGUAGAUUAAGUGUAAAUUGUCUGGUGGUUACAAAAACAGUUUAUUUAUAAAGUUUUCUUAUAAUGUCAAAUAAACUUGCAAAACGUUUUUCGAUAAUAGUAACUAAAUCCUGACACGGUCGAACGAAUUGUUGUUUAGUAUAUCUUUCUGUACAUAUGUGUGACGCUGAAAAGAAAGUUGGCGUUACAACGUGUAGGACGUAUUAGAUGGGUUAGGAUGGUACAUUUUUAGCAUACUCCCUCUAGGGAGUUGAGCCCGUAUGAAAUCGAGGCGAGUAUCGAUUACUGAUUAUUCUUUUCACACUUUCGUCGAGUGAAGACGCUUUCUGUUUAUAUCCGACGCUGUCUGUUUUUACCCACCUCCUCCCCUUUUCCCUAAAAGGAAAGUGUAGCGGAGCAGUCAUCCGACUGGGUGAGAUAGUCAACAGUGUUAAAUGGGCGUUGGCAUGGUUAAGUUUUAAGGCAGUAGGACUGGUUUGGUAUGAAAUUUCUCACAUUUACUGGAAGUCCGGUAAGAAAUGAGAAAUUUCAGAUCUAUCUUAUUGACUACGUUCAAAAUUUUCUUUUGAAAGAUUACCUUUCUUAACUUUUACUUUUAACUUGCAUUUCAGUUGCUGAGUGGUGCGUGUUUCCUACGGUGUUAUUGUUCGCAUUUCUAGUCAUAUUCUUUUCGCAUAGCUUGGGAUAUUUUCCAUACGUUAUGUUUAAUAAGUUAGCGUUGUUGUUAUUGCCCAUACUGCUAUUCCAAGGUUGUACAUGACUUGUAACUUAAUCACCUGUUUUACGACCUUUUGUAAGUUUAUUUGACAUUAUAAGAAAACUUUAUGAAUAAACUGUUUUUGUAACCACCAGACAAUUUACACUUUAAUAUCAACAAGGCUCAUGUCCACGUCUCUCAGUUAUUUCAAGGCUGUAACAUUUGGCUUGUUACAUUUCGCGUUAAAAAUAUUGUUUCGUUUUGCGUCAAAAAGUUGUUACAUUUUGCGUCAAAAGUUGCUACAUUUCGCGUCAAAAGUUGUUACAUUUCGCGUUAAUGUUACAUUUUGCGGCGUAACAGCGUUUAUUUAAUUUUAGGGGUCCAAGAGGGGGCGUUUAAUAGAUGGGAGGCGUUUAAAAGAGAGAGACGUUUAUUCUCGUAACUUAUUUUAACGAACUCAACAUAACGGUAUACAGUAUGCUUUCGGCUAAAAACGGCUAAUCUAGAAAUUGAACAUGACAUAAUACACAGACUGAUGUUAAUCAAGGAAUGAAAUUAACAAAUUGAUUGAUUUUGCCAUUUCCAUUUCCAUUUUGCCAUUUCCUAGUAUUUGGGGGCAAUUUUCAAGGGGGGCGUUUAUUAGACAGGGGACGUUUAUUAGAUAAGAGGCGUUUAUUUAAGAGUGGUCGUUUAUCAGAUCGUUUACGGUACAUUAAAUGAUUUGUUAGUUGGAACUUGAGGUAAUCUUAUCGUAAAGUGUUGUGGUUCACUUUAAUAUUUUGUGCUAGGAAUGUAACCAAAACAACAAAAAAAUCAUCCAAUGUAAGCGCGCAUGAAUGCAGAGUUUCUUUCGGUCAUAGUUAGUGGAGAAGACUGGUUAUGAAAGAUGGCAAACGGAAUCAAAGCUUAAGAUUUUAACAAAUGUGCUGCAGUUUAUGUCGGUAGCUAUCUUCUUCUUUUUUUUUUUUUCACAAAUUACGAAUGAAUAAAUGAAUGCGACGUUUUUAUAGCCUGUGUACAGCAGACGCCCCCUCCCCUUUUUUGAGGUGAGGGGGCCUCUGUACACCGUCUACGAUUGGUGAAAUGGAUCAAAAUGAUAGGAAUGCUAUUGAACGUUUCACAUCAUCGGUUGAGUAAAAAAAAAACGUUAACAAAAAAACAUAACGGGAUAAUAAAGACGCUUGUACGGCUUUAUAGCCAUUCCACUUUUUAGUCGAGCUUGCUUUAGCAGAGCAAGACUCUAAAAAUGCAAGCGUUUUUUUUGUCGUCGGUCCGUCGCAAAAAGGGGGUAUGCUCCCAGGCGUUCCCAACGGACACCGUGGAAACUGUGGAUAAGAAUCGUGAUGACUUUCAUUGUAUGCAAAUGAGUCUUGUGAUGAGCAUGCGGAUUAUUUUUGGCGAUGACUGAAAUGACGCAUGUAAGCUGAACACGUUUUCGCUUUUUGGCAAUGACAUAAUUUUCACCAAAUCGAGGCCCUUGAUUUUCGUGUAAUUACUGAAUGCACCUAUUUCAAAAAAGUAAAUACCCCGAGUAGGAUGAGAAAAUAUUAUUGUGGUGUAUUGAUGUGUUACGUUUCUCAGAAUAUUGUCGCAAUUACUGUUACUCUACGGUUGAAUAGAUUCACUUUGUUGUAUGUAUUUAACUGAAAGAUUUUCGCAGUUGUUAAGAUGUAAAGUCGCGUUGCGCUUUAUAAAUACUUGAGAUAUCAAUGAUUUAACCUUCGAGUACUACUGGAAGCAACUUCAACUACGCGUCUGACGUUACGUAUGUAUUACUGAUGUAUUUAUACGGGUAGCUGUGUACUUGACUAUCACGCACUCUACUUGCAGCACUUCAUGUCCACAGAAUAGAAAUCCCAUAUCGAGCUUUUCCGGAACGGGUCGGUCCGCGAAUUCUAUCGUUUGAAAGCCUUGAUUACAGUUGGAACAACUGAUUGCUUCAGUGGUCGAUAAAAAGAACAAUCUUAAUGAGCAAAACUUCGAGGUUUACUGGAAAAGCAGGAGCGAGAUUCGAGGAUCAAGGAUGGAGGAUGGGACCGAUCGAGAAUCGGGGAUCGGGGAUCGAAGAUCGGUUAAAAAAAAACUUGAGAAUAAAAUAAAUAAAUAAAUCGUGGGUUGUGGUGACGUGGACCACAGACUGUAAAUGCAUUUCACAAACAUAACCCCGCUCGCUUUGCUGAGCACUUAAUUUAAGUAAACUACUCCGAGUCUGACUGAGUCAGUGAUUGUUUUGACGAAAAAGAUGAAUUUCCCUGGGAAAUGAAACGCUUUAUCUCAGUGAUACUGUGAUAAAAUGCACGCUGUGUAAAGCUCUAAACACUGUACUCUGAGAUGGCGUAAACAUCAACUGUACGAAGAUAUUUAAAGGAGAUACUAAGCAGCCAUGGAAAAUGUAAUUACUUCCACGCAAUUUUGAUGUGUUAUAAAACGGACAAGAAAUUCAACAGGAAUAUAUACGCGGCAACUGAAUUAACUAUCUGUUGUGUAAGGUUCUGCUAAGCUUACAUAUUUCUCUUAUGCUGAACAAAAACUGCCGUGUCUUGUCCGCUACAUAGAAGCUAUAUAUAUUUAUAGUGAUAAAAGUCAUCGUUCAAUCAGUUUUGAAAUCCCUGAAAGAGUUCUCCUCACUGGAGCAAUAUCAAUAUGCAAAAAGUUUUCAAAGGCUUCACACCGGUGUCGAGUUAAGAUGUGUGACCAGUCUCUCCUUGCAAUUUUUACGUUUUAAGAGCGGCCGUCCGUAAAUAUCGCCUGGGGGCGUGCAAAAUGAAAAAAUCGAAAAUCCCCAAACUUUGUCAGAAUAUAGCCCUAGGUGAACUAUUUUUAGAAAAAUAACUUUUAGUUCAAUUAGAUUUUUUUUUACGCGUGCCGCGACCGAGUCGGUUCGGAAGCUCACACGGCAGUUCUCAGGGGCUAAUGACCAUAUAUUACUUAAAAAUCGUUUAAAAAUUAAAGAGGAAACAAAUCCUGCUUCUGGGAAUCGUACCAAAAAGAGCUCAACUUAAAAAAUUGUUUUGAUGUAAAAUUUUCCUAUUCGACGGCAAAUUAAAUAUUUUUUAGAUUUUUAAUUAUUUUACUUAUUUUGCCCACUUUUCACGGACAAAAAAUAGCAAAACUUCAGACUCGAAAAUCACUCCUUGGUAUACAGCUUUGGACCAUACUUUUCCUACCAAUAGAAAGAGAAAGGUGUCUUCUUCACAUAAAUGCAAUAAAAUUCUUGAGCAAUCCAAAAGGCAAAAUGUUUUGAGCGCCGAACAAAAGCGACCGUUGAGGUCAAAACACGCCAUUUUGUCACGACAGUCAAAGGGCAAAAACAACAAUACUCUCGUUAUUUAAAAUAUUUUUGCGCUUUGUAGCACAGAACGCCUUGUAUUUGCCAAGAAGGUUUGCUUUUUAAGUAGCUGUAUGAUUUCUCUUGUUCAUUUUGUUGGAAACCGUUUGCUAACAGGUGACAUUUGCGAUCGACUUGCAAUAUCUAAAUUGUGGAGGGGGACAGGGGGGCGGGAGCCCGGGAUAACAGGGGGCGGGAGGGGUACGGGAGACGGGAGAAGAAAGGGCGGGAAGCGGGAUCUCUAUGAUGGCGGGAAGUGGGAGAGAAAUUCCAAAAGGCAAGCUUUUGUUAAUUGUUACUGCUCAUCAUCCAGUCAAAGAAACGAACCCAACAACGUUUCUUGACUUCCAUUUAACGUUCUCCGAGGCCCUAAAUCAAAAUUUUAAUGCGAG